AAACGCAUCGUGAAGGAUGAACAGAGGACUGAGUGCAGUCAGUCAAUUGUGCAAGCCGCGCUUGAAUCGUUUAUACCACGCUGGAAUACUACCAACUUUGCAGAGGGAGCGGAGACGCUGCAAGUCUGAUCUACGAACCAUGCAGGCCGUCAACGCCUGGCAAGCCCCAGGGGAUGCAGCCUUCGACUUUCGAAGCGAUGUUAUGACAAGACCAACGGCUUCGAUGCUGGAGGCCAUCGUAAACACGACGCUGGGCGACGAUGUUCUGCAAGAGGAUGAGGUGACAUGUUCGCUGGAAAAAUCCAUCGCUGAAUUGACGAAUCAUGAAAGCGCGCUGCUAGUUAUGUCUGGGACCAUGGGGAACCAAGUUGCCAUCCGAACUCACCUGACGCAGCCGCCGUAUGCAGUGCUAUGCGACCACCGCGGCCACAUCAUCAACUAUGAAGGAGGAGGUGUAUCGACUUGGACUGGCGCCUACGUCAAGGGCAUUGUACCCAAGAAUGGAAGAUAUCUAACCUUGGAAGACAUCAAGCCUCAUGCUGUGCUAGGUGAUGAUAUUCAUGGCUGUCCAACACGGGUAGUCAGUCUCGAAAAUACCCUAGACGGCAUGAUAAUGCCCCUUGAUGAGAUAAAAAGGAUCUCUGAGUGGGCUCAUGGAAACGGCCUGAAGAUACAUCUCGAUGGAGCUAGGUUGUGGGAUGCUGUUGCUGCCGGAGCUGGGAGCCUCCCCGACUUUACUUCCUUGGUUGACAGUGUCAGUCUGUGUUUUUCAAAGGGUCUCGGUGCUCCAAUUGGGAGUGUACUGGUAGGAUCAAAGGAGUUCAUCCAAAAGGCUCGAUGGUUCAGGAAGACAAUUGGCGGAGGGACAAGACAGUCCGGUAUCAUUGCUGCUGCCGCCCAGGUUGCCCUCAAGGAAACCUUUGGCUGCGGGCCGAACGGUCAAGGCGGAAAACUUAUAGUAAGCCACCAAAUGGCGAGGAAGAUUGCAGAUCUAUGGACGGGAAAAGGUGGCAAGCUUAAGAACCCGGUCGAGACCAAUAUGGUGUGGCUUGACUUAGAAGCAUGCAAGUUGUCAAGUGAAGACUGGACAGAGAUCGGACGACAGCAUGGCCUGAAAUUUAUGAGCGGUCGACUCGUGGUGCAUUAUCAAAUAAGCGAGGAGGCUAUUGAAAGGCUAGGCAAGGCCAUGGAUGCAGCAAUUCGUGGUAACUUCACACCAGCACCUAAGAGCGAGAAGAAUGGACAAUAUUGCGGGCAGACAUAA